GCAUUGUUUAAACUGUUCGCCCCUAUCGCGUUGCAGCUCAGUUCAAAUCAUCUUUUGCUCCCAACCAGUCGACAAUUAACACGCGCCCAUCCGAAAUGGCUGAUCUACUUCAGGGUCAAAGUGCUGUGAUUACCGGUGGUGCUAGAGGAAUUGGCUUUGGCAUAGCCGAGGAACUGCUCAGAAGUGGAGUUUCGAAAGUUCUUAUUUUGGAUCUUGGCGAACAUCUGGAAGAGACGAAGAAAAUGGAUCUGAUGACUUUCAAUCCGAAAGCGAGAGUAUUCUACAGUCAGUGCGAUAUUACCGACAAGCAACAGCUGGAGAAGGUCCUUCGAAAGGAUGCUGUUCAGUGGCUGGGAUCGAUCGAUAUUGUUGUGAAUUGUGCGGGAGUUAUCGAUGAGUGUAAUCCAGAAAGAUGUAUUGGAACAAAUUUGACGGCUCUGAUAAAUUGCUCCAUGAUAGCACUGGAUCUAAUGACUAAGGAAAAGCAAGGUCGUGGAGGAACCAUCGUAAACAUAUCGUCGGUGGCCGGUUUACAAGGCGUGCCGUGCUUGGCAGUUUACUGCGCUUCUAAAAGCGGUGUAAUCGGAUUCACACGCUCUGUCGGGGUAGAGCCGGUGUUCCAGCUGACAGGAGUCAAAAUGGUGGCAAUAUGUCCGGGGGCCACCGAAACGGGCAUGUAUCAUGAUUCGACGGAAAUAGAAUGCUCUUUCCCCACUCUGAAAACGAUCAUUGACCAAAUGGUACAAACAAUGCCUCUUCAAAAGCCAACGGCCGUAGGGAAAGCCGUAGUUAAAACAAUAACCGAAGGAAAAACGGGAUCAAUCGCCAGUCAAGAGGAAAACAACACUUGCUGUAUCAUAUCAGUAGAUACAAACAUGACUCUCGAAGGCAAGGCGGCCGUUGUAAUUGGUGGUGCCGGUGGAAUUGGUAUAGAAAUUUGUAAAAAAAUACUUUCGAGUGGACUUGCUAAACUAGCUAUUCUGGAUGUAAAAGAACUUCCAAUUGAAACCAUCAGGGAUCAAAUUGCAGCUUGCAAUACAACGGCGCAGAUUGUAUCGAUGAAGUGUGACAUCACAAAUAAAUCGAACCUGGACGAUGCGAUCCGUGGCCGAGUGCUGGCACAGUUUGGUUACAUUGAUUUGCUCGUCAAUUCGGCCGGUACAGUGGACGAGCGCGAUCCGGAAAGGUUGCUUGCGAUCAAUGUGACAGGUGUUGUAAAUAGCUCAUUGAUGGCAUUGGAGCUGAUGUCUAAGGAAUACCCCGGUGGUAGAGGUGGUACGAUAGUGAACAUAUCUUCCAUUGCCGGGUUGGAACCAACGCCGUUCCUGUGCGUAUACUCGGCUUCCAAGUUUGCCGUGACCGGUUUCACUAGAAGCAUAUCUAACGAUCUGAUCUAUAAUCGAACGGGUGUGAAGUGCAUAACCAUUUGUCCAGGAAUAACGGAUACCACUCUGCUAUCAAAGUUCUUCGCAGGACAAGAUUUACUGUUUCCUUGGAUGAGCAGCGUGGCCAGUUCUGUUAAGAAUAACUAUCCAUCACAGAGCCCAAGCGAUGUUGGUGAUUGUAUCGCAAAAGCCGUUUUGGAUGGAGAAAAUGGAUCCGUGUGGAUUGUCAAUGGGGGCUCGAGCUACAAAAUGGAGAUUCCGGCAAAUCAAUUUGUCAAGCAAAGUUCAACCAAUUGAUCGGAAUGUUUUUUU